AUGGCUACGAGACGAAUCAACGCGUCCGAGAGGACAGUCCUGGAAAAGGAUGAUACAGAAAAUGAAAAGAGCGAUAUUAGCCCUGCAGUGCCACAACACGUCAUUUUCAAGCUGCUAGGCUUCACAUUUGCCAUGAUUGUGGUCCCAAUUGGAUCUUAUUUCCUGACUGUGCAUACCAUCUUCCAAGGCAACUCAUCGUGGGCAGGUGGCUUUGCGGCAUUGUUGGCAAACGUGGUGCUGCUAGGUUAUGUUAUAGUGGCUAUGAAUGAGGAUGACUCGGAGAAUAUCAAGGCCAAGGCUAAGAAGAAUGAAUGA